AUGACAAUCGAGCGCAACGUUGUCCUCAUCACCGGCGCCGGCGGCUGGCUCGGCGGCCUGCUCGCCUCCCAGCUCCUCUCCGACCCCAAGACGCCCAACCUCAAGCUGAUCCUGGCGGACAUUGUCGAGCCCAAAGUGCCCGCCAAAGCGCCCUCUGGCUCAGUCAAGACGCUAAAGGCAGACCUCUGCGACCCCGCCGCCAUCGACUCGCUCUUCACCACUGAGUACGGAACCCCCGACACCGUGUACUGCAUGCACGGCAUCAUGUCGCGCGGCAGCGAGGACAACUUUGAUCUCGGCCUGCGGGUGAAUGUAGACUCUGUGCACGCGUUGCUGAACAGGGCACGAGACGCUAGCGCCAGUGCAGAGGCACCGCUCAAGUUUAUCUUCACGUCCAGUCUGGCCGUGUAUGGUGGCCCGCUCCCCCAGGUCGUGGAGCCGAGCACGAUCGCGACGCCCGAGGGCGCAUAUGGGUGCGGCAAGCUCAUGUCCGAGCUCUUGGUCAAUGAGUACACGCGCCGCGGCUUUGUGGACGGCCGCAUCCUGCGUCUGCCCACCAUUGUCGUGCGUCCCGGCCCGCCGUCGGCUGCCACCUCCGCUUUCAUCAGUGGCAUCAUCCGCGAACCGCUGCAUGGCGAGGAGGCGCUGUGUCCCGUCGGCAACUCGCUCGACUCGCCCGAACUCGGCCUCGAGGCGUGGGUUGCGUCCCCCGAGACGACGGUUCGGAACUUCGUAGUCGCGAAACACGUUCCGAGCGACAAGUUCCUCAGCCAUACCCGUGUCGUCUGUUUGCCCGGGUUCACGACAACGAUGAGGGAGGAACUGGAGGCGCUGCGCGAGGUCGCGGGCGAGGAGGCUCUGAAACUCGUCAAGUUCAAGGAUGACCCGACGAAUCGACGGAUUGUGUCUAGCUGGCCGGCCAGGUUUGACAACACAUAUGCCCUCGGAUUGGGCUUCGAGGUCGAUGAGGGAGGCAUGGUGCCCAUCGUGCGCCGGUUCCAGGCGGCGGUAAAGGCGGGCGAGGCGUGA